AUGGGCUUGCGCUAUUCUUCUUACAUUGAAUGCCCGGCAGCUAAAUUGGAAGGUGACAAUUGGAACAGCUCUGACACAAGCUGUCUCAGUCUGUACCAUCAGGCAUCAGAGCCACGUCAUUCGCAGUACCAUAUUGGUUAUCACAGUCGCCAUGGCUCCGAUAGUUCUACUCCGAAGUUUGUCACGUACGGCUGUCGUCGUUGUAGAACACAUCUGUCCAGCUCUACUCAAAUUAUGUCCAAGGACUACAGGGGAAAGACUGGAGACGCCUUUUUGAUGACCAGAGUGGUCAAUGUUAUUGAAGGAAGUGUUGAGACCAGGCCCAUGAUCACCGGAGACUAUCUCGUCUGCGAUAUUCUUUGUCACUGGUGUAAGAGCCUACUAGGCUGGAAAUAUUUAGAGAGUGAGAGGAAGGAUCAACGUUAUAAGGAAGGGAAAUACAUUCUGGAAGUGAAGACAAUUUGCAGAUGUGAUUGA